ACGUGUAAGGAAGUGACAGAAAACAACAUACGAAAAAAAAAUUGUAGGAAGAAGUUAGAGAUGAUCACAGAGUGAAAUGGCCGAAAAUUUGCAAGGGGACAUCGACGGGGCCUCGGAAAUACAGACACCUAUCAAAAAAGGGCUCAUGGCUUUAACUUUGUCCAGUGUUUCGGCUAGAGAAUGGCUCCAGAAGAGAAGGGAAGGUGUCAAGCCAUGGUCAGAAUUUAUAAGUACCUCGAGCUUCAGUAUUCCAAAGUCUGUAGCUCCCCUUCCUAAAAGAAUUGUCUCCAAUAUUGAGCGUUUCCAGAGCAACUAUCUGUUUGUCUUCAUAGUCCUUGUAGCAUUCUGUAUCUUAACAUCACCUUUACUCCUUGUGGCCAUUGCAGCCUGCCUUGGAGCAUGUUAUAUCAUCAGUGUGAAAAAUGCAGCUAAGAAAGUUGUUAUUAUGGGUAAAGAGCUGAAUGUGGCUCAUCAGUACACUGCAGUGGGGAUUCUCUCCUUCCCGCUCUUCUGGCUGGCUGGAGCAGGAAGUGCAGUUUUUUGGGUUAUAGGUGCUUCAUUCUUUGUGAUAAUGCUUCAUGCAUCUCUGUACAGCGGUCGUCAAGAACAAGAGGGUUUUGACCUGGAAAUGGAAACAGUUUAGCCUUUCUCUUAUGACUUUUUAAAUUCUGGGUCACUAAACAUCUGUGAUCUUGAUAAGUAAUUACGGCACAUGAAUUACUAUGAAAGAACCUUUUGACAGACUGGCAGUAUUGUUUGGAAAGAAGAUAUUAUGACAUAUUAUUUUGUUUCUGAUGUAUAUGGGGAGCUAUUUGUCUGGUACAUAUUCACUUUUGUCCUAAUGCAAGUGACAUGAGCAGGUGGUACAGUUAACUGUGAACUUAUGUGUAUCAUCCUGCAUGUACAUUGAAUUUGAACGUUUCUGUAUCUUACAGUUUCAUUGUUCAUUGUGAGAUGUAGAAGUUAAUGGUGUAAAACUUUCUACCAGAUUAUGAGGUAUUUAUUUAACCUUGGCUUCAAUCAUGUUUUUUUCUCACCGUACAAGGACCGGUAUUAUAUUGGAAUAAAAAAAGUGAGUUUGACUUAACUUUAGGUGUGCCAUUGGAGCAAGAAAUGGAGGAUAGAGAGAAAUGAAAACUUGUUUUAAUUGGACCUUCUUGAAAACUUGAGAAAAUGAUUUUUUUUUUUUUGCUUAAUUGUCUAAAUGAGGAAAAUAUUGCUGUAUGUUUUUACUUUGGACUGUGUUGGUCAAAUCUGUUAGCAUUAUUCUGACUUGACAAAUUUUUUUUUCUGUUACUGUUACCAUCUUGUAUUUGUAUUGUUGUUUUUGAUAAUACAUAUACUAGUAGUAUGUGGAUGUGUUAUAGCUUUAAUGGAGUAUAUUGUUGUUUAUGAAUUUCUAAGCAAUAAAGCUUAAAAA